AGGAACAAUAUCAUAAGCUUCACAGGAUUCAAAAGCAGUAAAGCAUGGACUUUGUGUUUCUUUAUUUCAUGAUCACUCUGUCAGUUGCAAAUGCUACUCUAAGAGGACCACAAGUAGUAAAUGGAAAUGAGGGAGAAUCAGUCCAGAUUACCUGUACCUACCGCAUGUUUUUCCGCAACUAUCAGAAAUACUGGUGCAAAGGCAAGAAUAGGUCAGCCUGUACCAUUCUGGUAAAAACUCAAGGCUCUGAGAAGACAAUCUCUGAAGGCAGGAUAAGCAUUAAAGAUGAUAAAAGAGCCGGGGAGUUUACAGUCACCAUGGACCAGCUAACUCUGAAUGAUCAAGACAUGUAUUGGUGUGGAAUUACCGGAUUUUUGAUGGACCUGCAUAUUCCUGUAAAACUGGACAUCUUUGAAAGUCAUCAGUUACUUCCUCCAGUCACAGAUAACUUAUCAGCGCAGGAAAUCAGGAAAAAUAAUUCCAAAUACCAUUUCAUAUGGAGCAUUUUACGUUGGAUCUUCUUUGUCAUUCUUCUUCUCUGGGGUAUAGUGGCCAUGAGAAUAUAGACAAAGAAAACCUGGGUGUAAGGGUCUGCUACAUUACACAGCUGCUCCAUAACUCACCAACACCUUCAAGACUAUACAGCUAACUAAAGAGCAAGAACUAUCCUCGACGUGUUCGGAUUCACCACGCACACAUCAUGGACUGGCGCACGGAUGCUGUGCUGUCAAAACCGCUGAUCAUCUUGCUGCGUCUCUGCUCCCCAAUACUAGGGAAAUACAGCACACAGGGAAAAUGUUGCACACUGGUGUCUUGCUGUGUAAAAUGGAACUUCCAAUAAUCUCAAUUAGACCCAUAGCUGGGGGCUGGAAAGCAGAAAUGGUGGGGAACCAGUCUGUAAGGAAAGUCCAGGGCUACAAACCUACCACCAUGUAUUUUAGCUUCAAUUACACUUAAGGGGACUCCUCAAGUUGUGAUGACCACCUUUUGGAUUUAUUGUAGGAAGCAAAGGAACUUACUUCUCUAAGAGUAAGAGAGCCAAUGCUGGUCUUCUCAAUAGGAGCAUCAGUGUAGUUGGUCCCCACAGC